GACGAAACAACAACUUUCGAGCCCUCAUGAAAUCGACCAUCCAUCCAUCGCACCGCAGAUUUCUUUCGAUUUGUUUGUCAUAACCAGCGACCAUGAGCUUCAACAGCACAACCACUGCGCCUCUCUCGCUCACCAUGAGCUUGGAAGAACUGGUCUCGUUCAAGCGUCCCACUUUUGCUCAUUGGAGGACUCUGGAAGCAGAAUACUACGCCGAAAUAUUCGACACUCUGGUGCACUAUGACAAACCGUUCCGUUGGUUUGAUGUCCACAACAUGUUCUACACCGCCACCAACUUGUACAUGAUUUACACUACACAACGCUACACUCGACCUGCAGCUGAGACAGCGCUGCAACGGCGUCUGUUGGUGCUUGUGAAUUUCAUGCAAUUGGGUGGGUUGGCGUGGCAUUUCUACGAGUGUGCCUUUGACGACGCUUGUUUGGUCCACGUGGGUGGCACUCUCUUUGUGUCCUUGAUGCUGCAGCAAAUGUGGGAAGGAGGAAAGCGCUUGUUCUGGUCUCACACCGUCGUCAUGGUGGCCGCCAUAGUCAUUCUCGUGGGAGUGGAGAAUCAUGACCCAACCGAUCCAAGCUUUCAUCUACGACAUUGGAUUGGUCAUAUUCUGGAAACCACACUAGUCUGCCUCUUGCGUGGAAUGUUUGAGGCAAACUACAGACAUCGCCAGCUACAACGACAUCAGCAAUCGCAAAAGCCAAACAAAAACGCGCUCAAAGUCGAGUAGAAACCAACCACAACCCCAGUGGAAGCAAAUCUACCACCGCUUUCCUCUGGCUGGAGGGCCAACAGCCCCACAUGGAAGAAAACCACACUUCAUCAGCCAUUUUUGUCAUUACAUGUACUAUAUUACAUAAAUGAAAAAUUUAUACUCUGCU